UGCAAAUUACCCACAAUGAACUGUUAUAUUUAUACAUGUAGAGACUUUGCAGUGGGAGGCUCAGGCUACAAACCAAAAUUUAUAGGGUUUCAGAAUUCUAACAUUUUCCAGUUCAGAAUGUCUGAGAAAAGGUUUCACAUAGUAAUGUAUCCAUGGUUUGCCUUAGGCCACGUCACCUCAUUUCUUCAUCUUUCAAACAAACUUGCAGAGAGAGGCCACAGAAUUUCAUUUCUGUUGCCACCAAAAGCCAUUUCAAAGUGUCAACCUCUGAAUCUUUAUGGAGAUUUCAUAAGUUUCGUCCCUGUUAUGGUACCACGUGUCGACGGCCUACCUCCCGACGCUGAAACAACAGCAGACAUUCCUUUUCAACUUCAUAACCUUUUGAUGACCGCCAUGGAUCUCACAGAGCCCGUCGUCGAAGCUCAUCUCAUUAACCUGAAACCUGAUUUCGUCUUCUUUGAUUUCACUUACUGGUUACCAGCUUUGUCGCUAAAGCUUGGCAUUAAAUCUUUACUUUAUUGUACUAUUAGUCCUGCUGCAGUUGGUUACUUGCUUAGUCCUGAAAGAAAAUUGCUUGAGAAAACUUUGAUGCCCGCUGAUCUGAUGGAGCCUCCGCUGAAUUUCCCUCAGUCGUCGAUCAAGCUACGCGCUCAUGAAGCUCGAGAAUUGGCUACUGUCACUAAACCAUACGGCAGAAACAUUUCAUUCCUGGAACGUCAAUUGCGUUCCUUGAGCGAGUGUGAUGCUAUCGGUUUUAAAACAUGUAUAGAGAUGGAAGGACCUUAUUGUCAUUAUGUUGAGCAACAAUUCGGCAAGCCGGUGAUUCUGGCAGGUCCUGUAGUGCCGGAAUCACCAACUUCAGUGCUAGAUGAAGAGAUCUCCAAGAUUUUGGAUAAUCACGAAGCAGGAAGUGUGGUGUUUUGUGCUUUUGGCAGUGAGUGUAUUCUCAAGAAAGAUCAGUUUCAAGAAUUACUAUUGGGUCUCGAGCUCACAGGUUUGCCCUUUCUAGCGGCCCUGAAACCACCGAUCGGGGCUAAAGGAACAAUUGAGUCGGCUUUACCAACAGGUGUUCAAGAGAGAGUGAAAGGAAAAGGAUAUAUUUACGACAAUUGGAUUCAGCAGCUGCUGAUUUUGAAGCACCCGGCUGUCGGGUGUUUCGUGACGCAUUGUGGUUCUGGGUCUUUAUCAGAGGCAAUGGUGAAUACAUGCCAAUUAGUACUCCUGCCGAAUGUAGGAGAUCAAAUCAUCAACGCGCGGUUGAUGGGUGGAGAUUUGAAAGUUGGCGUUGAAGUCGAAAAAAGUGAAGAUGGAUUGUUCACGAGAGAUGGCAUUUGCAAGGCGGUGAAAGCUGUGAUGGACGAUGAUAGUGAGGUCGGUAAAGAGGCAAGGAGAAACCAUAACAAGUGGAAAGACUUUUUGUUGAGCAAUGGCCUUGAAAGCACUUAUAUUGAUGCUUUUGUCAAUAAGUUGCAUGCAUGCUUAGGUUGAUUUCGAGAUGAUGAUAAACAAUUUAUGUUUUAUCAAGAAUAUUCACAUUGAAAUUUUCAUUCAAUGGCCUUGAAAGCACUUA